AUGUCUGUUCAAUCAAAGUUUUUACAAAUUGCUUUUGAUCCUGAAGAAAGAAAUAAAUGGUCAAAAAGAAUUUUUGCUUUAUUUAUUUGUUAUGGAGUAUGGCAAAGUUAUUUAAUUUACAAAAAUAAUAUUGGUAAUAGAAAUUCUUACCUAAAAAUCGAUGAUGAAAAUAAAAUUAAUAAGAAAAAAACAUUUAAUUUAACAUUUGCUAAUCAAUUAAAAUAUUUAUUAAAAAUAAUGAUACCAAAAUUUUUUUCUAAACAAGUUGGUGUUAUUAGUAUACAUUCAUUAAUUUUAAUUAUUAGGACAUUUCUUACAAUUUAUGUUGCUGCAUUAGAAGGUUCAAUGGUUAAAUCAAUUGUACAAAUGAAUAUUCAUGGAUUUGCCGUAAAACUUGCUAAAUGGUUAUUAGUUGCUAUACCAGCUACAUUAGUUAAUUCAUUAAUUAGAUAUUUUGAAUCAUGGCUUGCAUUACUUUUUAGAACAUCACUUACUAAACAUGCUUAUAAAAAAUAUUUUAGUCAUCAAACAUAUUAUAAAGUAAGUAAUCUUGAUAAUCGUUUAUUAAAUCCUGAUCAAAAUUUAACUGAAGAUAUAACAAUGUUUUCACAAUCUGUUGCACAUCUUUAUUCACAUUUAACAAAACCUAUAUUUGAUAUAGCAUUAAUGAGUUUAACAUUAAUUCAAUUAGCUAGAAAACGUGAAGUUGGUAGUAGUGUUACAGGACCAAUACUUAUUGCAUUAGUUGUUAUAACAUUUACUCAUAGAAUAUUAAAAACAGUUUCACCAAAAUUUGGUCAUAUGGUUGCUGAAGAAGCUAAACGUAAAGGACAUUUAAGAUAUUUACAUUCUAGAAUUAUAACUAAUAGUGAAGAAAUUGCAUUUUAUUGUGGUCAUAAAAGUGAACAUAAACAAUUAUUAUCAGCAUAUAACAAUUUAACUAAUCAAAUGUUAUUAAUAUAUAAAAAAAGAAUUCCAUAUAUAAUGAUUGAACAAUUUUUAAUGAAAUAUGUUUGGUCUGGUUCUGGUAUGACUAUGAUAGCUAUACCAAUAUUAAUGUCACAAAAUUCAAAUAUAUCUAAUGAUCCUGAUGGUGGUGUUUCUGAAAGAACAAGAGGUUUUGCAACAGCAAAAAAUUUAUUAACAUCAAGUGCUGAUGCUGUUGAAAGGUUAAUGACAUCAUAUAAAGAAAUUGUUGAAUUAGCUGGAUAUACAGGAAGAGUAUAUGAAAUGUUUAAAGUUUUUGAUGAUGCAAAAAAAGGUAUAUAUAAAAGAAAUACAACUAUUGAUAAUAAAAAAGAAUACGAUGAUUCAUUUGAUGUUUCAACAAUUAAUGGUAUAUUAAAAGAAACUGAUGGUUGUAUAAGACUUACAAAUGUUCCAAUUGUAACACCAAAUGGAGAUGUUGUUGUUAAAAAUAUGAGUAUUGAAAUACUUCCUGGAAUGCAUGUAUUAAUAACAGGUCCUAAUGGUUGUGGUAAAAGUUCAUUAUUUAGAAUAUUAGGUAAUUUAUGGCCUGUUUAUAAUGGUAUAUUAGAAAGACCAAAUAAAAAUGAUAUGUAUUAUAUACCACAAAGACCAUAUAUGACAUUAGGAACAUUAAGAGAUCAAGUUAUUUAUCCAGAUACCAUUAAUGAUAUGCAUGAAAAAGGUGUAACAGAUGAUGAUCUUUUUAAAAUAUUAAAAUCAGUUUAUUUGUAUCAUAUUAUUCAAAGAGAAGGAGGAUUAAAUGCUCGUGAAGAUUGGAUGGAUAUUCUUUCUGGUGGUGAAAAACAACGAAUUGGACUUGCUAGAGUUUUUUACCAUAAACCAAUAUAUGCAUUACUUGAUGAAUGUACUAGUGCAAUUAGUAUUGAUGUUGAAGGAAGUAUUUAUCAAACAAUUAAAGAUAAUAAUAUAACACUUUUAACAGUUACACAUAGACCAUCAUUAUGGAAAUUUCAUACACAUCUUCUUCAGUAUGAUGGUGAAGGUGGAUACAAAUUUAGUGAAUUAAAAAAUUAA